GCAGACGCAGGACAGGGACACAGAGUCACAAACCCACCCAAUCAUAAACUCCAACCAACCGCCUCAUAUUUAAAACCUGACGUAUUCUACUGGCAGUUCCCUCGAAAUCAACUUUUGUUCAUUGACCGCUCUCUGCCACCUCAUAUCACCGGAUUCCUUCCCUCUCCGGCAACUCCACCGCUUAAAUUUUUUCAAAAAUUUCUCUCUCUAUAACCAAAUCCAUAACCUUCAAUUACCGCUUUGAAUAUUAACGGUUUUUUCUUAGAGUUUAUCCUUUACCCCAUUCUUUCAGUUUCCGUGUUAUACUCAUCUUUACGACUAUGAAAUCCAUCUCUAGCACCGGAAUCGCGGCUCUCCGAUUCCACGAUCUGACCGGGCUUUCAUAUUAAUUCCAUAUGCAUCCAUUCUGCUGCGUCUCCACCGUGUCCGACCACUCCCCGGUGCUCCACCACAUGGCGCAGGUACCGACCUCCACGCCAGCCAGAUCCGAUCCAAUAGCCCGGACUGCUAAUAACCACGUGCACAGCAACAACAACGGCGAGCACGGGCGUUUGAGCCAGCCGGCGGCGGCUCAGUCGGUGCGGGAGCAGCCGGUGGAUGUGAGGAUCACUGACAUAGUGGGGAACGGGAUCUCGGGGAUACUGUACAAGUGGGUGAAUUACGGGAAGGGGUGGAGGCCGCGGUGGUUCGUAUUGCAGGACGGCGUUUUGUCGUACUACAAGAUUCAUGGGCCUGAUAAGAUCAUGGUGAACCGGGAGACCGAGAUGGGAUCGAAGGUCAUCGGCGAAGAAUCGAACAAGAGGAUGUCCAGGCAAAAGAAUGGGACCUCACUCUCGCCACAACAACAACUCCUUCAACGCAAACCCUUUGGUGAAGUUCAUCUCAAGGUUUCCACAAUUCGUGAAAGCAGAUCAGAUGACAAAAGAUUCUCGAUUUUCACCGGCACAAAGAGGCUGCACCUAAGGGCCGAGACCCGCGAUGAUCGAAUGACGUGGAUGGAAGCAUUGCAAGCUGUGAAGGACAUGUUCCCGCGGAUGUCCAAUAGCGAGCUAAUGGCUCCCUUAGACAAUGUCACUGUGUCAACUGAGAAGCUGAGGCAGCGGCUGUUGGAUGAGCGUGUCAGGGAGGUAGCCAUCCAGGAAAGCGAGCAGAUCAUGAGGAGUGAGUUUGCGACGCUGCAGAACCAACUCGUGGCUCUAAAGCUGAAGCAGCGGCGCCUCAUCGACAGCCUGCGUCACUUAGAGACAGAAAAGGUUGAUCUGGAGAACACAGUGGUUGAUGAGAGCCAAAGACAGUUCAAUGAUCAAGGGGCUUCUUCUAGAUCAAAAGACAAAUUCAGUGAAGGAAGUGGUAGUGAAUCUGAAGAUGAUAAUGAAAGAGUUGAUGCUGCCGAGGAAGAAACAGAUGAAGAAGAAAAUACCUUUUUUGACACUCGCGACUUUCUGUCAUCCAGCUCUUUCAAAAGUAAUAGUUCUGAUUUUCGGGCAUCAUCCUUCUCUUCAGAUGAUGAAGGUCUUUAUGCAGUUGACUCUGAAGAUGAUAUUGAUCCUUCAAUUAAAUCUGCUGGAAAAAACUAUCCACAUGUUAAGCGGCGAAAGAAAUUGCCUGACCCUGUUGAGAAAGAGAAAGGUGUUAGCCUUUGGUCAAUGAUUAAAGAUAACAUCGGAAAAGAUCUCACGAAAAUAUGUCUCCCUGUUUACUUUAAUGAGCCUCUCUCUUCCCUGCAAAAAUGUUUCGAAGAUUUGGAGUACACAUAUCUCCUUGAUAGAGCAUAUGAGUGGGGAAAAAGGGGCAAUAGCCUCAUGAGGAUUCUUAAUGUGGCUGCUUUUGCUGUUUCUGGAUAUUCUUCAACUGAAGGAAGAAUAUGCAAACCAUUUAAUCCAUUAUUAGGAGAAACCUACGAGGCUGAUUAUCCAGAUAAAGGCCUCCGCUUUUUCUCAGAGAAGGUCAGUCAUCAUCCUAUGAUUGUUGCAUGUCACUGUGAGGGCACAGGGUGGAAAUUCUGGGGAGAUAGCAAUUUAAAGAGCAAAUUUUGGGGUCGAUCUAUUCAGGUUGAUCCCGUUGGUAUUUUGACUCUGGAAUUUGAUGAUGGGGAAGUUUUUCAGUGGAGUAAGGUCACAACAUCAAUAUACAAUCUCAUAUUGGGAAAGCUGUACUGCGAUCACUAUGGUACAAUGCGUAUACGGGGAAAUCACGAGUAUUCAUGUAAGCUGAAAUUCAAGGAACAGUCUAUCAUUGACCGAAAUCCUCACCAGGUACAGGGUAUAGUUCAAGACAGGAAUGGAAAAACAAUGGCAACACUUUAUGGAAAAUGGGAUGAAAGCAUGUAUUUUGUAAAUGGAGACUCUUCUGGGAAGGGAAAAGGAUACGAGUCUUUGUCAGAUGCCCGUCUGCUCUGGAAGCGAAGCAAUCCUCCCAAAUUUAUGACCAGAUAUAACUUAACACGCUUUGCCAUCACUUUGAAUGAGCUCACCCCUGGAUUGAAGGAAAAGUUGCCACCUACGGAUUCAAGGCUAAGACCGGACCAAAGAUAUUUGGAAAAUGGAGAGUAUGAAAUGGCAAAUUCAGAAAAGUUGCGUUUAGAGCAGCGACAACGGCAGGCCCGAAAGAUGCAAGAGCAGGGUUGGAAACCACAGUGGUUUGCGAAAGAUAAAGGAAGUGAUUCAUACCGCUACAUUGGCGGGUAUUGGGAAGCCAGAGAACGGGGAAAAUGGGAUUUAUGUCCUGAUAUCUUUGGCCAAAUCCCAUCAGAUCCGCUAUCUGAGUAAGUUCAAUUGUUGUUCUCUUGGUUUGUCGAUUCUUUCUCAUUUUUCUCCAAUGGGUGCUGGGUGGCAAAUGAUUGCUAUCUGAGCAGUUUAGGUGUCCCAUGACGUGCAUGUAAAUUAGACAAAAGGUAGUUCAAGGUAAUAAUAGAUUUUUGUUUUCUUCCCAAUCUGUCUUUAAAUUGUGUAUUCAAGAUAUGGGCAUGAUCCUGGUGUAAUAGGAAUGUUGCUACAGUUGGGUUGAUUUAGCAAACAACAACCCAGAAUGAGAGUUCAUAGAAUUGUUGAUACAAUUCAUAGGCAAUAUUUCCAAUGUUUG